CCUAUUAUUGUCAGUCUCUGCUGUAGGAGCUAGUCACUGUCGUGCGGGCAAACGUAGCCAUCUUGGUAAUUUCUUUCGAGACGAAAUCGCAGACUGGGAGGUUCGGAAGUCUCGUCGUCGGCUGAGUCCGACGGUUUUAAAAGCAGGCGGAAGUGCGCUGUGUGUGUCCGUGCAGUGAAGAUAAGUUUACGGCAAGGUUUACAGCGUUUGUCAACUUUGGAGAAAUCUCCACGGCGUCCUUUGUGCUCUAAGCUCGUUUAUUUUGUAGAUUAAAAGCGUAAGCUUCACCUGUCCGGAGGUAACACUCGGAAGGGUGCAGCACUACUUCUCGAGUGUUGUGGGUGAACGAGGAGUGUCCAGAGGGAGGUGGUUCAACGAAGGCGAAGCUGAGACAUAUCAGCAGCGAGAACACUGUCCAGCUGUGUUCGCGGUUUCCUUCUAUCAAUCAGAACAUCAGAACCAUUGAAAUCGUGCUGCUCGUACGUUAAUACGCCAAUCAACAACCAACAACUAGCGGCGAGCCAGCCAGAGCACUCUCGGACAAAAAGAGCCUUCGUAGAGUGCGAAGCAACGCCGUAACAGUUACCGAAUUCUUCGGGACGCCAGAGUUCCGUCGUUCAUUUGUGGCAGAAGCGUAGCUGAUUAAAAAUGGCAUUAAAGAGAAUUAAUAAGGAACUACAAGACUUGGGCAGAGAUCCUCCGGCGCAAUGCUCAGCUGGUCCCGUCGGUGAUGAUCUUUUCCACUGGCAAGCUACUAUCAUGGGCCCGCCCGACAGUCCAUACCAAGGCGGUGUUUUCUUUCUGACUAUACAUUUCCCAACAGAUUACCCAUUUAAACCACCGAAAGUGGCUUUUACUACACGCAUAUAUCAUCCCAACAUUAAUAGUAAUGGGUCAAUCUGUCUUGACAUUUUACGAUCUCAAUGGUCCCCCGCGCUAACAAUUUCAAAGGUCUUGUUGUCGAUUUGCUCGCUUCUAUGUGAUCCAAAUCCUGACGAUCCGCUAGUGCCAGAGAUCGCCAGAAUAUAUAAAACAGAUCGAGAAAAAUAUAACGAGCUUGCCCGGGAGUGGACAAGAAAGUAUGCUAUGUGAUGCGUCCCAGUAGCAUACAUACAACCUACAACCAACGGUAGAAACAUCAUCAAAAAAAAAUAUAAAGAGAACAACAGCAGCAGCAGCGGUGACAGUAAUCUAUACCAGGCAGAGAGUAACGCAAUCUGUAGCAGAUAUGACAUCAGCUACAAGAGAGAAGAACGCAAUGCGCAUCAUAACAACAUGCUGUCUUUUAAUUUCGAAAAAUGGAACGGAGGUGUAAUCGCAGUUGUCAGCACCGAUCAUUAUGAUUCUUCUUCAUUUAACUUUUUCAAUCAUUCAACUUUAUUUGCGGUUAAAUUCGAGGAUAUUGUUAAACAUCAAACACGUAAUGCCACACAAACAGGCCGAAUGUUAAUGAGCAGAGAGUCAAGAAAUAUUCUUCGAAAAUGCUACUACUAACGCACGAUAUAAACAGCUUAGGGAUGCGGAGCCUCUCAUUCAAUAGAUCCAGAAUAAUCCCAUACAUGGCAAACUAAUGCAAAAUCUAGCAGUCAACUGCUCCGUAAAUUACAUUGAAAUUAAUGGAAAUGUGGCGGAAGGGAGGAGGGCACGGAGAAAAGAAUAGCUAGUGUUUGGUUCGUUGCUUGUAGUGAAUUGCACUCUCAAUCAAAAAUGGAUUCAAUGGAAGGUGAUUUAAACGCUGGUCACCGCGUUACAUUAUUUAUUAAUGUUGCUUCCAUCUGUCUCUUAUGCGUGCGCCCCGUUCCUUAACUUCUUUUUUCUCAAUGCUUCAAUAAUUUUCUUUUUUCUUAAUGCGCCUGCGCAUAUAGCACUUAAUUCCAUAUCAAUACUUUCAUUCACAAAACUUUCAAUUUUCGUAUUUGAAUUAAUAAUCAGUUCGCCAAAUUGAACAACAUACAGAUGACAUUGUGCGGAAACGAAUGCGUGAACAUGCUUGAUUAAAAGCGGGAGAGAGGUAGAAGCAUAAGCAGAGAGGCCGAAGCAUAGAUAAAAUUGCAUUGCUGCAUGGCCUCCCUUAUCCCGUAGCUGGUAAUGUUCGAUAUGUUUCGAGAUGUUGGUAAAAACACCUUUCCCCUCCUUCCGCCCACGCUCCUUUCCCUUCCUAAAUUAUUUGUUCGGAAACCGUCGGAUUUUAAGUACCGGUUCCGAUUCCUUUUCGCCGUUCGACAUUAUGCAAAAGAGGAGUGCGACUCGUUGCGGAAAACGGAUGAAAUUGUGCGUAAACAGUACGUACGGUCGACACACCUUUAAAUAACAUCAAAACACAAAUCACAUACACUUCAGGCUGGAAAUAGGAAAUUAGACCCACAACACUUCAUUCGAUGUAGGGCAACAAUACACAAAAGACGGGAGCAAACAAAGGAGGGGUGGAAGUUAACUAAUAACCAAACCCGUAGGGCAAACUGGAAAGCAGCAACCAACAAUAACAGAAGAGAAAUAAACUGAAUUACUGAAUUACUGAAGGCGGGCGUGAACUACAAUAGAAGAGAAAACCUGGAAAUUGAUUCAAGCAUCGCGAUGGUCCCUAAAAGCAAACAAUUAGUUUGAGAAAAAUUAAUCGACUAUCGCUAGUGAGAACAAGUGGGAGAAAGAAUAAAUAGUAACCUUACACACAGGGGAACACUCAAACACAUCUGUCUUUAACUGCGAGAAUAACCCGCAACUUCGCGCGAGCGAUGAUAAGAGCUGUUACAUUUCUGGGUUGUAUUCUGUCGUGCCACGGGGCCAAGAUUCUCUUAUACUUAUUGCCAAUGAUAUAAUGCUGGGAUUCUGUUGUGUGCUUGUAUCUUCCAUUGACAGUGGUCGGCCGAUUCCACCUGCUAUUGCCCCUCUUAAAGAGGGAUUGGAAAGAAAAGAGAUGAAGAUAAAAAAAACUGUUAACUGUAUCAACAGGUUUGCAAAAAUGAAGCCCUCAUCCUUUAUCUUUCUUUCUUUCUUUCUCUCUCGCUCUCGCUCUAUCUAUCUAUCUCUUUUCCCAUAUUCGUGUUUGUCUAUAAUUAUUUAUCUUCAGCUCUUUGAGGCGGUGUUUGUUUCAUGUUCAUUGGCCCAGGGUUUCAAUUAUUGGAGCAUAGGAGUCUGACAGUCAUGAGCAACUAUUGUACAGUGCGGCGUGUUUAAAAUUAUCACUGAGGUGCGCGUAACGAAUAGAACGAAUGAUAAGGUAAUACCGGUUGACUCAAAAGAAACCGUUAACAGUUAGCGUAUGCAAUGCCACCCUUUCUAAUUGGCAUAGAUAGUGGGAAUAGUUUGAUUGGCACAGGCUUCUCUCCCCGUCUGAUAUCUCUUUGCAUCAUCUUUAGCCUCCCACCAACGGAUGGAUAAAAACAAACAUAAAAAUUAACAGCAACAGCAGCUUUUGAACAAAAGUAAAAAGUAUGAAACGGAUAUUUUAACAAUUGCUACUAAUCGUAGUUGAAUCAGACGGGAUAGCGAUGGCGUCGUCGAUGAGUGGAUGUGCGUACGUGCUGCCUUUGUUGUAUGGAAACCCGUUUCUCCCUGUUGCCCCUCCAAUCCCUUACCCUCCUCCAGAUUUCAGUUCCUACAAACCAAUCCUGAUGAUGGUCUGAUGAAUAGUCGAGAAAAAGACGAUGGUGAUCAUCGUAAAUUGCCCGAGAAGAGAUGCAUACCGCUGCUGUUGCUGCUGUUGAUGUGGUUGCUGCUGCUGGUGCUACUGGCCCUCAACGCCUGUUACAUUGCAGGAAGCGGAAGAAGCAAAUGUAGUUGAAAAAACUGAAGCAACAAGGCAGAGGAGAAGCUCGGGAUAGGAUAUCGAAUGUGAAAAGUAAAAUGACCGGCACAUAUACGCACGCACGUACACACACGCUUGCUUAAAUCGGUUCCGGAAAUCGAUCCGGUACAGUCGCGACACGGAUCCGGACACAUUUGAAUUCGACUUCGUGCAACCGCCUGCCCAAAAUUUUCAAUAAAGUAGAGUGAUGUGUGUCCGCGUGUGAGUGGCUGAAACAGUAGCGUGUUUCGUAGCCGCCACCAGCGCUGUUCGAUCAAAAGAAAGCCUCCGGCAGGACGAGAGUAGUUGAAGAUGCCGCUUGAAGAUGCUUACAGAGCUGAGUAAUGGUUGCAGAAGACGGUUGUUUCAAGGCAGUGAAGACAGGGGAGGACAACCGAGAAAGGAAGCAGGUGCGUUGGAUGAGCUCGUAGCCAGCAAAACAACAACAACAACAACAACAACAACAACAAAACAGUCACAGGACAGGAUGGAAUCGUUUUUUCUUUUCUUUUCUUUUCUAUAAGUCAAAUAAAUUUAAAUAAACUGAAGGAAACUCGACCGAACAACGCAAGAUAACAACAA